GCUGCCAGGGAGGUGUUGUAUGUGUAAGUGCUUUCACGGGCAGACAAUGAGCAAUCUGUGUGCUGAUCCCCCUCUCUCACUGCCCCGUGGAUGGCGUCCCACUUUAAGCAGAUGAAUGGCACAUGUGUGCGCCCAGCUGUGCCCCCACCUAAAACAUCGGUGCUCUUAGUCAGCCCAGACACUCAUCUGGAGCAGCAGACAGAUAUGGGGACAGAGGGCGAGAGGAUCAGUAUGGAGGUUGAUAAUAGAAGAAGGGAGAGAGGGUCGGUGUUAAACAUUAACCGUUAUGCCACCAAGAAGAGCCUGGCAGAGAGCAUGCUGGAUGUGGCACUAUUCAUGGCGAACGCAACGCAGCUAAAGGCUGUUUUGGAGCAGGGACCCUCUUUUACCUACUAUAUCACCCUCAUAACUCUCAUCAGUAUCUCACUGGUCCUACAGGUCAUUAUUGGGAUUCUACUUAUCAUCAUUGCACGUAAAAAUCUAAAUGAUGUUUCCAAGCAGCCACAGCUCAAUCUGCUGAAUAACGUGGCCACGGGACUGGUCUUUCUGACUGUGCUGAUCAAUAUCUUCAUCACAGCUUUUGGUGUGCAGAAAACUGGUCUGUACCCCUCGAGGGGGUAGAGCUUCUUACAAAAGCAAGGUGGUCUCAACUGAUGUCCAUGCCUGGAUCCUCACUCCUCAUCAUUCCCCUCUCCCACUCAGAUCCCUUUGUAAUUAAUCCAUAUUAUUAUCAGCAGAAGUACAGGUAUGGGAUCCCUUUUCUGGAAUCCCGUUAUCCAGAAAGCUCCAAAUUAUGGAAAGGCCGUCACCCAUAGACUACAUUUUAUCCAAAUAAUCCAAAUUUUUAAAAUUGAUUUCCUUUUUCUCAGUAAUAAUAAAACAGUAGCUUGAUAAGAUAUAAUUAAUCCUUAUUGGAAGCAAAACCAGCCUAUUGGGUUUAUUGUUAACAUGAUUUUCUAGCAGGUUUGAAGAUCCAAAUUACGGAAAGAUCCUUUAUUUGGAAAACCCCAGGUCCCGAGCAUUCUGGAUAACAGAUCCCAUACCUGUACCAGGAAUAUCAGAGCACCCAGUUAUAUUUAUUGUAUAUGAUAUUUUAACCAGAAGCCUCAGGACAAGGUGGUACCAUAGUUUUGGAGCUGCCACCUCAUCCUGAAUGCCUAUAAAAUCCCAGGGCUGCAGGGUUUAUUACUAAACUGAUGGAUAGAUAAAGCUUGUUUGCACGGAAUGUUCGCACAGUCUCACAGAUAGGUGAGUAACAAUAUUCUGUGGAUUUCAGACGCAUCUGUUUCCGAAGAUGGAAACCAUACGAGUUAUAUGGGUUCUGCAAGCCAAUCAGCAAGCAGAGCUGGAUUAGGGAUAAAAGGUAUCUCUGGAAAUGCACUUAGGCUUGGGAUCAAUAUGCAGCUAUUUAGCUAUUGCAGUCAACCCAAUAGGAGGACCCUAAAUUGUUGUGGAGCCAGGGCAAAUGCUCUUUUUUGAUCUCCAUUUAAACCAGCCCUGCAGCAUGAUUGAUGGCAGCCGCCCCUCCUUACACAGUUGAGUUGGAUGACACGGAUAGGGGAGCUAGGAAUCCUAAAAUAGUGGAUUAGGCUCAUCCCUAUCCCUCUCAUCAGAAAAGAAUUUUGUUACAACAGCCCCACCUGCUGGUUAAUUUCUGACCACUAAGUAGUCGAGGAAGUUGUCAGGAGAAA